UAUCUCUCCCUUUAUAUACAAUCUUUAGCAUUUGUUUUAUUUCGUGUUUUUACACUUCUGAGAUCCUUCCCUAUUAUUCGUUUAUAUUUAUUAAAGUAUGAGCUGCAAUUAUGCAGAUAACCUUUCGCCGUAUGAUAAUAAAGGUGUUUUGGGUAUACCAGAGCAAUUCGACAGUGCAGAAUCGGUUGACAAGAAAUGCGAGGAAUUGGUUGAUUGGAUUCUGGCGGCGAGAGGGCGUGUAGUAGUACACACAGGAGCAGGCAUAAGCACUAGUGCUGGUAUACCCGAUUUUCGUGGGCCGAAAGGAGUAUGGACUUUAGAAGAGAAGGGGCAAAAACCUAAAAUAAAUGUGUCAUUUGAAGAUGCCAUGCCCACAAAAACGCAUAUGGCGCUGAAAACAUUGACCGAACAAGGUUUUGUAAGAUUUGUGGUUAGCCAAAACAUCGAUGGACUUCAUUUGAAGUCAGGGUUAUCUCGUCAGAACUUGGCUGAACUUCAUGGUAAUAUGUUUAUUGAACAAUGCUGCAAAUGCAAGCGGCAGUUUGUGCGAUCGACUGCAGCGCAAACAGUGGGUCAGAAGCCCUGUGGUGGGGUGUGUCGAUCAAGUGAAUUUGGAGAAGUGCGUUCAUGUCGUGGUGGCUUGCUUUUAGAUAAUGUGCUUGACUGGGAGGCGGAUCUUCCAGAGCGUGACCUCGAUAUGGCAUUCAUGCACUCCACACUAGCAGAUGUAAAUAUAGCACUGGGCACAACUCUACAAAUCAUACCAAGUGGAAACUUACCGCUGAAAAGUAAGAAAUACGGAGGCAAACUUAUCAUAUGCAACCUUCAGCCCACCAAACAUGACAAUAAGGCUGAUUUGAUACUAUCCACUUAUGUAGACGACGUUUUGGAGAAAAUAUGCAAACGUUUGGGCAUCGAAAUACCGUCUUAUAAUGCUUCAGAUGACCCCACCAAGGCACCAACUGCCCAGAACUCUGAGUGGACUAUACCAGUACAAGCAGUCAAAGAGUUGGAGAAGGAAUAUAAUGCAAAAUUGAAAACCUUUAGAAUGCAACAGAAAUCGCAAAGCAAAGAUCUCGCCAAGACCACAACGAAAGUGGUGAAAGACAAAAAGCGCAAGCGCGAAGAAUAAUUAUGAUCCUUGACUAACAUAAGAAGACAUCAAGAGUUAUUAAUCGUACAGCCCAACAUAUUUAUAUGAAGUACUACGCGCAUUUAACUGUAACUACGAAAACAUUCGAAUAUAGUGCAUACGACUUUCCGUUAUUUUAAGAAAAUAUUAUAGAAAUGUAAUUUUUCCCUUAAGUACUAGUACUACAUUACAGCUGUAUGCUGUAAUCCAUUUGGAUAUUAAAAACGCAUUUGUAGAUGUUUUAAUAUACAAUUUUUCAUUUUAAUCUCUCACUUCAUUUUGUGUACAAAAAUCAUAAUACAUACAAACAUUAAAUGUCAUUUUAAAAUAGUAUUAUCAUUACAAAUAUGAAUAACGGCAUAUUGCCAAAUAUAAAAUGUUACUCUUAACGUACAAUAAAAAAGUUAUAAAAGA